AUGCAUCGCAAUGCUCUCGUCUCUCGCAUUCUGCUUUCGCUUAUCUUAAUAUCUGCUACUCGCGCCCAGUCCCCUCAAUCCAACGUCCCAAUCCCGCCUCUGCAGUGGAUAAACCUCACGCCCUACCUUACAGGCUCUGCAGCCCCACCUCCUCUCAGAGAUGCGUCCAUCGGCUACGAUGACACUACUCGUACCCUCAUUAUCUUUGGUGGAGAAUCGGCACAAGGCAUCAGACAGUCAUCCACGUACCUCCUAAAUAUGGACUCAUUAGCAUGGUCGAACCCACAAUCGCCCCCUGGCCUUGAUGUUGUGCCUCCACCCCGAAGUGCUGCCAUCAGUGGUGAAGAUGUCGCCGCCAGCUAUCGCACUGCUCAUAUCGUUAUCGGCGGGGUUGGGUCGGAUGGGCAAGCCCUCACUGACGUUUGGGAAUUCGAUUAUGUCAAUCAGUUCUGGUCGAACGUGAAUAUAUCUCCCGGAGGACCGUCGGCACGAUCUGACGCGGUAGGUGGAAAUGAUGCUCGAAGUAAUGUUAUACAGGACCCCACCCUUUCGUGGCCAAACAACACAUUCUAUGUUGUUGGUGGAAUCGACGAUUCUACUGUAUACCCUUUGUCGGAGGUAUGGCAGCUCAAUGUCACUGGCUUCCUGUCAUCCAACAAUCCUAACGACGUAUACGCGAGCUGGGAGCAAGUGCACGUUUCAACACCUAACAUUCCAUCACGAGUAGGUGCUGCUGGAGCCGUUGUGUCACAGGGAACAACGCAAAUCGUAGCAGCCGUUGGUGGAUGUUCUUCGACUAAUAAAGUCACACCGAAUACUACUUGUGCCCAAUCUGAAGCGUAUAUAAUUAACACCGAAGAAGCAAGUGUGGCAGGUUCGAUGUCUUGUCCUGCACCUCGCCUACGACCAGUAGUGGUAGCCAAUUUCAAUGCUUAUGACGGCGGUACCGACUUCGAUUCUCAAGUCUUUGUAGUGCUAGGUCUAUUCAACAGCACGUUAUGGUCAGACCAAGACGGACUUAGCAAGGGCGAAGUGGACGUUUUAAAUAUCAACACAGGUGAUUGGGCCCGGAUUCUACCAGCAGGCGAUCCAGGUUCAUCCUCAGACGGCACCCCAUCGUUUCCGUCCCCCCGUGAAGGUGCUGUCGGAAUUUCGUGGAAGCAGACGCUAGCGGGCUAUCCCCGUGAUAUGGCAUCGGAUUCAAUCAUCUUCGGUGGCGUCGACGCUGGUGGAAACUAUCUUUCUGACCUCUGGAUCUUACGAGCAUAUGACGCAUCUUUGACGCAGGAUAAUCAAAAGUGGUCCGGUUAUGGGAGCGGCCAGCUGGCCGGCGGUGUGAACGCCUCUGGCGAAGGGGUUACCGUCCAGUAUAUGACACAGUGUGCGUCCGCAUUGAUUCCCGCUGCCACUCAGACCAAUGGUCCAUCCCCUACUACUACACCGCCGCCGACCUCCUCCACGAAUGCACCCGGACCAACUUAUGACACGUCGGCCACUCACAAGAUUCUUUCUCCCGUCGCCCUGAUUGUCGCCAUGCCAGCCAUCGUUUUUUCGCGAUUGGCGUCGCCCUCCGUCAAUUCAGUACGGCUCACGGGAAAUCCUUCGAUAUUAGUUUACCUUUCUAUUACCUUGGGACUGGCAGCAUACGGCCUAGGUAUCGCCGGCCUGGCCACGUCUUUCACUUCAAUCUCGUCCACACAAACGUCAGCAAUCACAAAGCGCUCAGCGUCGUCGUCGGCCAUUUUGACGACAUCGCAUGGCAGGGCCGGUCUGGCUCUUUUUGCAGGCUUGUAUGGACUUGUACCCCUGCUAUAUGUACUCCACGUAUUCUUCAGAAGAGGGCCUAGCUCCAGUAUUAAGGAGAUCAAGGAUAGAGCUGACACUCGGCCAAGGCUCAGCUCUAACGAGACCGCGGAGAAAGAGGGAUUAUUCUCUGGUCGAAUCAGUAGUCCCAUUCGACGCUCAAUGGAUAGGUCCCCCGACCCUCAGACACCCGACCCUCGACGGCGAGUGCGUUCUUGGGCAGGGCUGGUGGGACGCCGCUCCAGCGAAAGCGGUGUAGAUACUGCAGUCCUUUCUGCGCCUUCUCAUCGCUCUUUCGAGGUAACUAAUCGCCCUACUCGCACACGUCGUGCUAGUGGCAACAGUUUAGCUGCGUUCUCGGAUCCUCGAUCAUCAGGCUCUCCACGGAACCUAGGCGAUUUGACUUGGUUUGAGCGUCGACGUAGUUUGAAUACGGUGGGAGAAAUGGACUAUGCGCUCGGGAAUAUCAGUCACCGGGGUGUAGAACCAAGCACACCUGGCACGAUCCCCAUGGACAUGACAAGCACGAGCGGCUUGAUGUCCGCUACUCCUCCUCAUGCACUUGCAUGGCCGGAAAUGCCUCAUGCCUUCGAAAGUUUCUUGCAUAUUCUCUUCCACGCCUUCCUUCUUGGCCUUUGUAUUCUUUCCAUGAUUGCACUCUGGUACCGCGCCCCUCGAGCGACAUUCAUAGUCUUCCUCGUCAUAACGGCGAUUUUCUAUGUUGGCCUUAUCGCGAUGUCAUGGCGUGGCAGGCCACAGACAUCCAUCCUUUCGGUGAUAAUAGCUCGUCUGCGCGGUGAUACACCUCUCCCGUCUCCGAUUCCGUCCCGCCCCUUAUCCACCGUUGGAUCUGAGGUCCCCUUUCCGACUGAACACGGCCGCAGUCCGUAUCAACAUCAUCAUCCACCGUUUAGGACCACAAUGUCCGCCGGUUUGGACGAAUACCCAACCUCCAUUUCUCAUGGACAUGGCACUACUGACGUGGAGGACGACGAUGACGAAGAUGAGGACACGCGACAGCGUAGAAUCGAGGAAGAGUUGAGUAGACGAGAUGUCUCGAUUGUUACCGUACCAAAGCGGAAGCUAUUCCUAACCAACCCUGAGGAAGCCCGGGGAUAA